AUGUCGGCAUUCCUCUCCUCUGUGCGUCCAGCUCUGCGUAUGGCCAACGCCCCCCAGGCUGCCCGCGCCUUCAGCUCCUCGCCCGCCCACUCCGUCGCCCGCCUGACCCUCACCGGCCGCCUCGGCGCAGAGCCUGAGCUCCAUGCUACCUCCUCUGGCCAGGAGAUUGUCAAGUACAAUAUCGCUACCUCCCACGGCCCCCGCGAUAACCGCCAGACUAGCUGGUGGCGCAUCACCAACUUCGUCCCCGAAGGCUCCCAGCGCGAUUACAUCCUUGGCUUGCAGAAGGGAACCUUACUGUAUGUCGAAGGUGAUGCCAAGAUGGCCACCUGGGAAGAUGCCGAGGGCCAGCCCCGGUCCUCUCUGAACAUUGUGCAGCGCUCUCUCGAGGUCCUCAGGCGACCUGACAACGGCCACUCUGACGAGUCUAACUAA